AUGGGUCAAACCGGCGACUUUGCCAGUCCACAAGAGGAAGUAAAGCAGCCCCCGAGGAGAAGGCGAAGAAGAGAGGGGAAAUGGGAUACGGCAGAGGAUGCCGUGUCACUCACGGAGCUGAAGGCAAAAACAUCAGAGGAAGAAAACAAAAAGAGACAAAAGAGACUAUAUAUAGGAAAUCUCCCAGCCGGAAUGAAGCUUGGGGACGUCGUUGAAUUCUUUAACGGAGCUUUGCUGGCCAUGGUGCCGUCUAACCAGACGACGAAGGACCCGCUGGUCUCGAAGACGGAGAUAUACAACCCGGAGCAGGGCUACUGCUUCCUGGAGUUUAAAACACCAGAGCUUACAGACCUGGCCUUUAAGCUGGACGGGAUCACCUGCAACGGCUACUCACUGAAGAUCAGGCGCCCGAUCGACUUCACGCAGGGCAACCAGCUCGAAGACACGAAAAUAUUCAUACAGAACGUCGCCACAGACGUGACGGAGGCGGAGCUCCGAGAGCUGCUGGAGAAGCACGGGAAGCUGAAGCUCUUCAAUCUGAUCAAAGACCCGAUCACAGGAGCAAGCAAGGGCUACGGGUUCUUUGAGUACGAGGACAGCAGAAGCGCAAAGAUGGCAGUUUUACACUUGAACGGACAAGCACUGAAGCAGAACGUGCUCUCAGUGAAGCACGCAGCCUUCGGCUACUUCGCCAGCGGAGGAAAGCCGAUCGACUGCAAAGCCUCAAACCUCCCGAACUCAAUAACACAGUCAAUAUUAAACAAUCCGCUGUUGGGACUGCAGUUGCAGAACAGCAAAAUAGUAGGAGCGAAGCCGACGAGAGUAGUGCAGCUGCUGAACAUGGUCUUCAGCGAGGACCUUUUGAGCGACUACAACUACAACGAAAUCGUAAGGCUGACGAAGGAGGAGGCGGGAAAGUACGGGGCCCUGGACGAGAUCGUGGUUCCGAGACCCAGCAAGGAUUUGACCUUCAAGAGCGGGGUCGGCAAGGUGUUUUUGAAGUACAAGGAGGUCCUGCACGCCAGAAAGGCCCAGCACAUGUUCAACGGACGAAUAUUUGACAAGAACAGGGUGGUGUGCGCAGCCUUUUAUCCGGAGGACAAGUACUCAAGAGGCGAGUACACUCUGAUAUAG